AUGUCAAUCUCAAGGGAAUCAUUUCCUUUUGGAGAUGGUUCAACAAAGAUAUUCGGGAUGGAAAAUUUUGGGAAUACAUGUUACUGCAAUUCAAUAUUACAAUGCUUAUAUUACACCGAAUCAUUUAGAAAGAGAUUAAUUCAACAUAAACAAACUAAACAUGAACCAAAGUUAGUAGUGAAUGGUAUACGAUAUCACGGAUUUACCGCCAAGUAUGAUCAAUUAUUACAAAAAAAAUUAAAAGAUCAAGGUGGAGUACCUAUAACCAAUAGUGAUGAAAGACCAAAAAGUAGUAGGAAAAGUUCAUUAUUUGGUUUGAAAUUUAAUAAUCAAGCAAAUGUUUCAACUACAUUAAUUGAACAGAAAAAUGAAUAUAUCACAGAGGCAGGUAACUGUGUAUCUUUGCCAUUGGAACAAAGGAUUCUAAUAAGUAAAAGUCCAGAAUUUUCGAAAUUAGAGAUGAUGAUCACUAAACCAAGUAUAAAUCCAGUGCCGAAAGCCACAAAUAAUGGGAACAUCUCAACUAUCAAUAAUAACAACAACGCAAAUAAUACUGAUCACUCCCAAAGUUCAUCAAUGCUUUUGAAUGAUCAGCCAUUACAAACAAUUCAAGAAGGAUCGAUAAAUACAAAAUCAAGUGCCAUAAUUGUUGGUAUACCGAAACCUGAAACUAAUUUAGUAACACCAAUCAAUCCAUUUAACAAUAAUCCAAGUUCAGAUCAAAGAAAGAGGUCCGCAUUAAUUAACGGUCCAAUAAUAAAUUUGGACACUGCAUUACAAUUGCCAAGUGAACAAACUGAAGAUACUUGUUUGUUAUAUGCUUUGAAAGACUUAUUUGAAAGUAUGGUAGAGAAUAAAUCUACAAUAGGUGUAGUGUCACCAAAUCAUUUUAUAACCAUUUUAAAAGAGAAGAAUUAUCUAUUCAGGCAAAAUAAUAUGCAUCAUGAUGCUCAUGAAUUUUUUAAUUAUUUAACCAAUGAAAUAAUAGAAAGUUUAAACAAAGAAUUAGGUGAAGGACAAAAUUGGUGUAAUGAUAUUUUUCAAGGACUAAUAACAAAUGAAACAAAAUGUUUAUCAUGUGAGACUAUCACUUCAAAACAUGAAAAUUUCAUAGAUUUAUCCAUAGAUGUUCCACCUGGUGAAAGUUCAUACUCAUUAAAUUUUGCAAUCAACAAUUUUUCAAAGUCAGAGACUUUAACUAAUCAAAACAAAUUUCAUUGCAAUACUUGUUCAUCUUUGCAGGAAGCUAUUAAGAAUAUAAAAGUAAAAAAACUACCUGAAGUUUUAGUCAUAAAUUUAAAACGAUUCAAGUAUGACGAACAAAUUGAUAAAAUGGUUAAACUAUUUGAUUCUAUAAGUUAUCCAUUCAAAUUGAGAUUGUUCAAUACUACUGAUGACUUUAAUCAAAAUGUGUUAUAUGACUUAUAUGCUUUAGUUAUUCAUAUAGGAGGUGGUCCAAUGCAUGGACAUUAUGUAUCUAUCUGUAAAAUCAAAGCUGGACUUUGGUUAUUAUUUGAUGAUGAAACUGUUGAAUUGGUUGAUGAUAAUUAUGUAAUGAGAUUUUUUGGUAAUGGCCCAGGGUUAGCUAGUGCUUAUAUUUUGUUCUAUCAAAAAAUUGAAUUUGAUGAGAAAUGUGAAUACUUUGGAUUUGAUCCUUCAACUAUAUAUAAAGGGGAUGAUUAUUCAGUACAGAUUAAUGAGACAUCUAGACCACCAACUACAGAUUCUGAAACUAAAUCAGAAAUGUCAUCCAUCAAUUCAUUCAAUCCAUUAGAAGCGUCCACUGUAGGUACACAAUUAAAUACACUUCAACCUCCAAAAAAGCCACCAUUAACUACUGGAGGUAUGUUUAAGUCAUUCAAAUUUGAAAAACCUACGUCUGAGGAUAAACCUCAUCAAUCAUUAUCAAGAAGUAGUAGUAACGGAGCUAUACCAAGAAAAGAAUCAGAACAACCAAUAAAGGAAAAAAAAUCAUGGGUUGGUUCAUUAAAGAGAACAGGUUUGGAGAGAAAAUUGUCUUCAAAGAAUACAUCAUCUUCAUUGAAUAGUGAGUCUGUUACUUCUACCGCAUCUUCUAAUACAACGAAUGGUAAUAGUACAGCACCUUUAAUGCCUCCCCAACAACCUCCUCCACCAUUAGAGAAACGAAAGAGCUUAUUUGGUUUUAAAAAGAAAAAUUAA